AUGAAUGAUGAUAAUUCAGAUGGCAAGACAGAAAAUGAAUUGCAAUCCUUAUUUAUCAGUGAUAAAAAUGGAAAUAAGUAUCCAUACAAUCAAAAAUCACCACCGACACAAAAUUCUUCACCUAGUAAUGUGAAUUGGAAUUCUGCCAACCCAGAUGACAUGGCGAUUGAUUAUGAACCCAUUCCUGCUAUGGACAGUGGUGGAAAUAUUUCUUUAAACUAUCAGUGUGUUAAAGUACUUGAUCACCAAAAGUCUUCAAGUGAUUUUAUUACUAAGGGAAUGUUAGAUAUUCACAAAGAUUUCAUCUGUCAGACUUCUGCACACUUUUUAAAUACAGAAGAGCCCUUGUACUUGCAUAAUAAUGGCCAUUCCCUAGGAGAAGUUCCAGACCAUAGUGUUGAGCCAUCGCUGCCUUUUGUGUGGAAGCCUAAUGAUGAUCUGAACUGUACAGGCCACCCUAUUGUGUCGGAACUAAACCAAACAUUUGACUUAAAAGAAGAUAAAGUUAACUGCACCUUUAUAAUACAUCAUGAUGUUGACAAGAGUCCAUCUUUUCAUACCACUGGAAGUCUACAACCAACUGGUAUGAGAGUUGGAAAUACAUCUUUAUCCUGCUCUACUCUGUCUUCCCAUUCUGAUAAGACACAUGUGAGAGAAAAGAGUUACACUAAACAGAGCUUUGAAAACUCCCUAGAUGUAUCAUCAGAAGCCCAAGAUACAACUUACACAGUAUUUCCUGAUAUGGUGAUGCAAACUGAUGUUGUUGUUCCAGAUAUUGGAAAUCAGUGUCAAUAUUCUUCAGGAAAGGUUACCAGUGAGUACACAGAUGGCCCACAGCAAGGACUAGUUGGAGAACAACAGAUACAAGCUCUAACACCAGUUUCUGAUGGCAUGGAUGUUCCCAAUGGGUCUGCAUUACAAGAGUUCUUUUGUUUAUCUAAAGAUGAACCAAAUAGUGAGACACAUUCAAAGAGCUCAUAUGGGCAAAAGGAAAUGGGCCAAACUCUAAGAGAAACAGUGUCCGAUUGUCUUAUAGAUGAUGAAUGCCCUUUACUAGUGCCAGCUUUUGAUAAAACUAAAGUCCAAGUGCUGAACCCAGAGCAUAAAAUCACUCUGACUGAAGACACACAAACUGCUUCCAGUGAGAAGGAUGUGGGAGCCCAAAACGGUACCUUAGAAUUAAGUAGUCCACUGGGACAGAAGGUGGCGUCAUCAUUUGAAGUGUCUUGGAAUGCAAAUGAUAUGUUCACUAGCGCAAGUGACACCAUUUGCAUGUCAACACCAGUCCUUGAAUCCGCAAAUGCAACUUUUUCUAUUUCACCUAUUGAAGCAACAGAGAAAUGUAGUAAAGUGGAGGAGAGUAAUCAAGAACUUAGAAGUUCAUUGAACUUGAAGGAAACAUCAAUGACCAUAUCUAAAACUAGUCUAGGAAAAUCAACAACCAAAACUAAUACUCCUAUAGGCAGAAAAGUUAGAAAAACUGAAAUUAUAAGUUACCCAAGACCAAACUUUAAGAAUGUCAAAGCAAAAGUUAUGUCUAGACCAGUGUUGCAGUCCAAAGACCCUGCUUUAUCAAAGGUCACACCCAAAUCUCAGGUGACCAGUGCCUCAUCCCCCCCAUCAGUGUCUUCCUCAAGACACUUGAGAGCUUUGAGCAAAACACCAAGAUCUGAUUUGAAUGCAGACACAAAAGCAGAAAUCCUAAUUAACAAGACACAUAAGCAGCAAUUUAAUAAACUCAUUACUAACCAGGCUGUGCAUGUUACAACUCAUUCUAAAAAUGCUUCACACAAGGUUCCAAGAACAACAUCUCCUGUGAAAUCAAAUAAGGAAGAUGUUGACAAAGCAAGUUCUUCUAAUUCAGCAUGUGAGACUGGGUCUGUGGCUUCGUUUUUUCAGAAGAUCAAAGGCAUACUCCCUGUUAAAAUGGAAAGCACAACAUGUCUGGGAAUGACAUAUGUUUCCAACAUUGAUCGGAUUAGCCCUGAAAAGAAGGGUGAAAAAGGAAAUGGGACACCUAUGGAAAAACAAGAGCUAAAAAGGGAAAUUUUAAAUGAAACCUUUGAAUACAGUUCUGCCUUUUUGGGCUCUGCGUCAAAAACUGCAACCACCUCAGGUAGGAGUAUAUCCAAGCCUGACACCUCCAGCUUGAGGAAAACACCUGGUCCAAAAGCCAAAGUGGGACCUUCUGUUUCUUGUCUGAGGCGAAAUAGUGACAGUAGAAAUCUCAAUUCUGAUCGAGCCCUGUGUUCUCAGAGGAUCAGGCGUGUAUCCAGUUCUGCUGGUAAUGCUGCUGUCAUCAAGUAUGAGGAAAAGCCUCCAAAACCAGCGUUUCAAAAUGGUUCCUCUGGAUCCUUAUAUUUGAAGCCUUUGGUACCCAGAGCUCAUGUACACUUACUAAAAACUCCUCCAAAAGGUCCUUCAAGAAAAAAUGUUUUUACAGCUUUUAAUGCAGUUGAAAAGGGCAGGCAAAAGAAUCCCAGAAGUUUAUGCACCCAGACACAGACGUCUCCAGAUGUGCUGUCUGCUGAAAAAACACUUGAAUUGGCUCAGUAUAAAGCAAAAUGUGAAAACCAGAGAGGAUUUAUCCUGCAGCUCAAGCAGCUGCUUUCCUGUGGUAAUACCAAGUUGGAAGCAUUAAUCAUUGUGAUUCAGCACCUACUAUCUGAGCGGGAGGAAGCAUUGAAACAACACAAAACCCUAUCUCAAGAACUUGUUAACCUCCGGGGAGAGCUAGUCACUGCUUCAACCACCUGUGAGAAAUUAGAAAAAGCCAGGAAUGAGAUACAAAUAGCCUACGAAGGAUUUGUCCAGAAGCUAAACCAGCAGCAUCAGACUGAUCUAACAGAGCUAGAGAAUCGGCUUAAAGAAUUUUACACCGGGGAGUGCGAAAAGCUUCAGAAUAUUUAUAUUGAAGAAGCAGAGAAGUAUAAAACUCAGUUGCAAGAGCAGUUUGACAACUUAAAUGCUGCCCAUGAGACCUCUAAAUUGGAAAUUGAAGCUAGCCAUUCAGAGAAAGUAGAAUUGCUAAAGAAGGCAUAUGAAACCUCCCUUUCAGAAAUCAAGAAAAGCCAUGAAAUGGAAAAGAAAUCACUUGAGGAUCUGCAUCACGAGAAACAGGAAUCACUAGAGAAACAAAUCAACGAUCUGAAGAGUGAAAAUGAUACUUUAAAUGAAAAGUUGAAAUCAGAAGAGCAAAAAAGAAUAUCAAGAGAGAAAGCAAAUUUAAAAAACCCUCAGAUCAUGUAUCUAGAGCAAGAAUUAGAAAGCCUGAAAGCUGUGUUAGAGAUCAAGAAUGAGAAAUUGCAUCAACAGGACAUCAAGUUAAUGAAAAUGGAGAAACUGGUGGACAACAACACAGCACUGGUUGACAAACUGAAGCGAUUCCAACAGGAGAAUGAGGAAUUAAAAGCUCGGAUGGACAAGCACAUGGCAAUUUCAAGGCAACUUUCCACUGAGCAAGCUGUUCUGCAGGAGUCGUUGGAGAAGGAGUCAAAAGUCAACAAACGGCUGUCCAUGGAGAACGAGGAGCUGCUGUGGAAGCUGCACAAUGGGGACUUGUGCAGCCCCAAAAGGUCUCCCACGUCCUCGGCCAUCCCUUUCCAGUCACCAAGACACUCUGGCUCCUUCUCCAGCCCCAGCAUCUCACCCAGAUGACGCUUUCUGGAAGCUGAGAGACUACCUGGAAGCAUUUUGAUACAGGUCUGCAGAACUCACCCUACUGAUGAUCAUGGGACUAAGAGCUACAUUAGCUUACGUGUAAUUAUCGCAAUAUAACUGGAAAGUAACCACCACUGGAAUGGGCUACUUAGGAGACUGGAACUCUGGAGUAAGACUUUUGGCUCAGGCCAAAAGACUUCUCCAAAAAGGAUCUUGGAAUUCAUCUACAUGGACAUCGUUGCACAAAGCACUU